AUGGCAAAAGUGAUAUGUGUUUGGGUUAUAAUACUCUUAAAUACAAUCCAUGCAUUUGAGUUCAUGCAAUAUCAUGAAAAGUUUGAAGAUUCGGUAAAGUCGGAAAAUAUAACUCAAGUUCCUUUGAAGAAAACUGAAAAUAAUUUGCAACUUAUACCAUCUCGUUUUGAGUUUGAACGGGCAAAAUCAAAUCUUGCAGAGUUAAUUGAAAACAGCAGAGUUGGUCGAGAUUUAAAAUUAAUAGCAGGCACAGUUCGUCUAGCUUUUCACGAUUGUGUAGGAGAAGAAAACUGUGAUGGAUGCAUUGAGUACACAAAUCCGGAUAACGCUGGAUUAGAUAAAAUUACGCGAAGUAUCGACACUUUGUAUGAUCUAGUUCACAAGAAUAAAAUAUCAAGAGCCGAUUUUUAUGCUCUAGCCGCAGUUGUUGCUCUCACUAGGUCCACUGCUGAUGUUAAAGAUAAAUACCAAGGCUUAAAGAAAUUCAAAGUAGGAAGAAAAGAUUGCAGCAAGUCUCCUAAAGAAGACAAACCUACUGUGCUCCCUAAGGCAUUAGCGGGAUUUAAAGAAACAUUUAACUUUUUUCAAAAAGAAUUUAAAUUUUCAGUCAAAGACACUGUCGCUUUACUAGGAGCACAUACACUAGGGGGUUGUUCAUCUAAAAACUCUGGAUUUCAAGGUGUUUGGGAUAAUGAUAUCUUUAAUAAACUUCAAAAAGGAAAUGACAAACUAGCUUCAACAAGUGUUCUUGAUAAUUCAUACUACGAUAUGUUUAUUAGAAUUGUACCAUGGAUCCAAGUAAAUCUCACAAACGGUAACACACAAUGGCAAGAAAUAUUUUUUCCUGUAGCUAAUGACAAAAUAAAAAAUAUAAAGAAUCAACAUCCGAUACUCUUAAACUCUGACUUAGCGCUUUCAUGGGAGAUUGAACCAGUAGAUAAAGCCGGAACAUCAUCUUGCUCACUUCACCCUGAAAUAACAUGCAAGCACUCUGCUGGCCACAAGUACGCACAAGCCUUUUUUCAAAACAAUACAUUAUGGUUACAGACAUUUACAGACGUUUUUAAUAGAAUGAUUGAAAAAAACCCAUACAAGCUAAAAGAAGCAUCAAAAUUAAAGUAA